UGAAAAUGUGCUCUUCGGGACGAGCCCUAUGGUUACCUUGAUACACUGGCGUUUAAGAGGAAAAUAAUUACGAAGGGAAAGGAUGGGGAAAUAUUUGUGUGAACAAAAAAAUCUCUUAGGAGCACACGAGAUCCUAAGUGAAGGUGUGCGCCUGAAUCGGCUGGUAUACAGUAUGGUCACGUGACGGAUAACAAGCUAAGCCGUCAAUCGCAUAGGAAGAACCGCGAGACCAUAAAAGAAUUUUCCUGCUGCAUCAAAUACGAAAUUAUUAUCCGUUUCUCUCAUAUAGUUGGUUGAGAUGGAUGUGUCUGGCCAUAGUCUGUUACUCCUGCAACAGCUGAAUGUCCAAAGAGAGUUUGGCUUUCUCUGUGACUGCACUGUUGCCAUUGGCAACGUAUACUUCAAGGCUCAUCGUGCAGUCCUCGCUGCAUUCUCAAACUACUUCAAAAUGAUCUUUAUCCAUCAGUCCAGUGAGUGUAUCAAGAUCCAGCCCACAGAUAUUCAGCCAGAUGUCUUCAGCUACCUGUUACACAUAAUGUAUACUGGCAUGGGUCCCAAACAACCUAUAGACCAGGGAAGACUUCAGGAGGGCAUCAAAUUCCUCCAUGCAUAUCAGCUCUGCCGUAAAACAGGUGAGGGUGGCCCUGACCUAUCCUCUGACAACAUCCGUGCGUCCAACCUCUAUGGUAUCCAGAUCUCUUCACAGCUAGCCAAUAAAGAGAACUCAGGCUUGAAGGCUGGUGGUUCACGGGACCCUGAGGAUGGCCGCUCCAGUACAAGGGCUGAUCGCACACAUGGGCGAUUGACACUCGCUGUAGGGCUGGAGGGCAUCACAUCUGAGCGGCAGCCUCAAAGCUUCCAUGCCGCAUCCUCAGUGGCCUCAGGGGACGACCCUGACAUCUCCACACAGAUCAAGCAGGAGAGAAUAGAGGAGGAAGAAGAACAACAACAACAGGAAGGUGAGAAGGAGCCUUGCUCUCUCUCCCCAACCCAGGUGAGCCCCUGCCAAGCUGGCUUAUUCAAAGACGGCCCUCUAGCACUUUUGUGUCCCCGGUGUGGCGAACGGUGUCUGUCACCCGAAGGCCUACAAGAGCACCUUUUUACCCAUGCAGCCUGUGCCCUCGAGCCUAGCAGUCUGAUGGAGGGCCCUUCAGAGAUAAAAACUGGGGAGCAUAAGGAGCGUGUGGACGCUGGUAGUCUGGAGGAGGCCCUUCGGCAGAGCCAGUCCCUGGCAGAUGAGCUGGCUGUAGAACUUAGGCGAGGUGGCGGGACUGGAAGAAGCGUCAGUCCGUUGGCAGCCUUCACACGAAAGAGAAAGAUGGCCUGUGCCGUCUGCAACCUUCGCUUUUCGCAGAAGAGCCAGCUGCAGGAGCACAUGUUCGCACAUGUGGGCAAGCCAUUACGAUACCACCGCUACAGUCGCUUCUGUGGGCAGCUACUCCACGGUUGCGAGAGCCAGCCAGAUAUCACUGCAGCCACGGGAGAGGAAGUAGGCAAAGACACUCUGGAUAAUGGCAGUUCCUGCUACUCACUGGACUCUGAGGUCUCUCAGGAGAGUGUAGACGCAGUGACUGUGGAAUGAUGUCUGGGCAUGUAGCUUAUGACAUAAAUCCAUACAAACACACAGUCUCUGUUAAGGAAUUUUAUUUACUGCCUGAGCAUCAAUACACUUCUGCCCUGUCUCAAAAGUCAUGUACAAGAAUUUUGUUUAAACUUAGUGUUGAUGAUUGUAGUGUUGAUGUAUAAUGCUGUUGCUGACUCUUGGAUGACUGAUCUCUGUUGGAUUUCUGUAACAGGUAUUAAAUCCAAAUUAAGGAAGUAUUAAAAUGAAAAACAUGUGCACAUAAAACCCAAACAGCACCGAAAAUUAAUUGCCACCAACGAAUGAUCAAUCAUAAAAUUUGUUUUUAGAGGUCAUCUCAAACUAAUAAUGUAAGUAUUUCUGUAUUUAUUUCCAGUUGUGGCCUAAUUGACUGAGCAGAGAUUCUAAAUGAUUCCUUCCCUAAUUCAAGAUCAAUUUUCUUCAACCUGGUUCAGUGCCUUAGAAUAUUUUUUGCCAAACAUCUAUUUAUGAAAGCACUUAAACUAUGGCUCAGCCAGCUGAACCAAAUCCAGAGGUUGUAUUUCAUUUUUCAAGUUAACAUUCAUUUGAACAGUGCCUAUUUUUGCAAAGUUGUCCAACACGUCUACACAAUCAGAGUAAUCUGUCUAAAGAAUGUGUCCAAAUGGUGCUUUCCUAAAAGUGUUUUGAUAUGUUAAAAUACUUUCAAGAUUAUACUGUGUAUGAAAUGCAAAGUACAAACCAAAUUUGCUAUAAAUCUUUCUACAGAAACUGGGACAGUGCAUAAUUAUAAAGAUGGUACAAUGCUAUACUAUACUGUAAAUGUCAAACACAACACCUCUAGACAGAUUAUUUACAAAGGCUAAAGCAUCUGAUCUGAGACAAAUUACGAAAUCACGUUACUCAGAAAAAAUGUUUUAUUUAUAAUGAUUUAUCAACUUCAAGACAUUACUGAUGGUAGACAUGGUUUCCUUUGUGCUGUAUUUGAACUGUUUAUACACCAGUCUUUGCAGUUAUAUUUAUUGAAUACUCAAACUGAGGUUGGUGUACUGUGAUGAGUAUCUUAAAAUCAGCAAAACUUGCAUUUGUGUUAUUUAUGUGACUUGUUCAGUGCAUUCAAUCGGUCUAUUUUCCAUUUUAUUCAUCAUCAGCAUCACUCAAUGCCAUUGUGUGAUACUGUGUUCUGUUUAUAAAAAAAAAUUAAAAAAAAAAUGCAGCAUUGAAUAAACUGUGAUUUAUAAUACAUCUAUGUGUACUUUGUCGCUGGUUCUUGUGGCACUGACUUUACCUGACUUAACCAGUGUAUUGUAGUAACAACUUAGUACCACAAGAGAGUAGCAUGCAGUCACAAAAGCAAAGGUUUUGUAUGACUUCCCUUCCACUAAUUCUGUGAUUAAUAAUCAAAACAAGCCCCCAACAAUCAAAACAAAGAAGUAAAUGCUUCACGAUAUAACCCCCCUCCGAUGUUCAAGCCAAAUCUACGCCCUUGGAAAUCAGUAUCUUUGAGAGAAGCUCCCAAGCUCUUACAGUAGAUAGUGACUUAGUAUUGUGUAUAACAAUUGCACUGUCGGCUUCAGUUGGGGCCUCAUUUAAAUAUGAAUUGAAAAACCAAUGCACACACCUGGGCUCUCAGACCACUUAUUUCCAUAAAAACAUUGCCUUAAAGGGUUAAUACAGUAGUUCACCCCAAAAUUAAAACACUGUAAUCAUUUACUCACAUUCAUAUAGAAAAGUAACCAUUAAUUUGGAAUCGUUUUACACAAUAUAUAACAGAUUUGUUUUUGUUUUUUCAGAGGCGAAAAAAAUAUC